AUGCGGCUCCAGAUUCAGCUCCAGAUUCUGAUUCAUUCAGCUCUAGAAUCGGCUCCUGAUUCUGAUUCAGCUCCGGAUUCGGCUCCUGAUUCAGAUUCAGAUUCGGCUCCUGAUUCAGAUUUGGCUCCAGAUUCAGAUUCGGCUCCUGAUUCUGAUUCAGAUUCGGCUCCAGAUUCUGAUUCGGCUCCAGACUCAAAUGUGGCUCCUGAUUCAGCUCCAGAUUCAGAUUCAGAUUCAGCUCGAGAAUCAGCUCCUGAUUCUGAUUCGGCUAGAGAUUCUGAUUCAGAUUCGGUUCCAGACUCAAAUCUGGCUCCAGAUUCUGAUUCUGUUCCAGAUUCAGAUUCAUCUCCUGAUUCUGAUUCAGAUUCGACUCCAGACUCAAAUUUGGCUCCAGAUUCAUAUUCAUCUCCUGAUUCUGAUUCAGAUUCGGCUCCAGAUUCUGAUUCAGAUGCGGCUCCAGAUUCAGAUUCGUCUCCUGAUUCUGAUCCAGAUUCAGCUCCAGAUUCUGAUUCGUCUCCUGAUUCUGAUUCUGAUUCUGAUUCAGCUCCAGAUUCAGAUUGAGAUUCAGCUCUAGAAUCGGCUCC